AUGGCACCAAAGAAAGACGUUAAGAAACCAGCUGCGCCCGCAGCUGCUCCGGCUCCUGCACCAGCCCCUGCCCCAGCGCCAGCGCCAGCACCACCUAAGGAACCAGCAAUUGAUCUCUCCAGCAUCAAGAUCGAAUUCUCCAAGGAUCAACAGGAGGACUUCAAGGAGGCAUUCCUCCUGUUUGACAGGACCGGAGAAAGCAAAAUCACUCUGAGCCAGGUUGGAGAUGUCAUCCGCGCUCUUGGACAGAACCCAACUAAUUCUGAAAUCAAGAAGAUCCUGGGCAACCCCAGCAAUGAGGAGAUGAAUGCAAAGAAAAUUGGGUUUGAAGAAUUCCUGCCCAUGUUGCAGGCAGCUGCCAAUAAUAAAGAACAAGGUAGCUUUGAAGACUUCGUUGAAGGCCUUCGUGUCUUUGACAAAGAGGGCAAUGGAACAGUCAUGGGGGCUGAACUUCGCCAUGUCCUCGCCACUCUUGGUGAAAAGAUGAAGGAAGAAGAAGUAGAAGAACUGAUGAAAGGGCAGGAAGACUCCAAUGGCUGCAUCAACUAUGAAGCAUUUGUGAAGCACAUCAUGUCUAUCUAAAUGGAUUUAUCAAGACACAUAAUUUGAACAAGAUCAUCAAGCACUUGAAAUCUGUGUAUCUAGGAAACCAUUGUUCCAUUCAGUAAUGUCACCCUGGAACUUAAAUGGACUAUAAUUUAUGCCUCUCGACCUUCCCUUUUGAAAUCAUCAGCAAGAAAACCUGCUGAAUCCCAAAGUUCUUACACUCGACAAAAUUAAACACUUGCCAAGGCAACUGGAAAGGACUUCACCGCCAACUGUCAAGCCCAAUAAUCUUUUUUUCCAUAUUGUCUGCCAUGGUGGCGGUGUGCAUUCUUUUGGGAGGG